GAAUUAAUUAAAGUUAUUUCCUUGAAUUAAAAGUGAACAGCCAAAAAUAUAAAACACAAAUCAAAAUCCCUGCAAUUUACUCAUUUAUUUAUUUAAAAGUCAUCUACUCUCGGACUAAAUUAAACAACGUUUCCCUGUGGAUUCGACCCGGCAUUUUACCGGAAUUUAUUACUAUAUCGGCACUUGUACACUUGCAAGUUCAGCCCGGUCAGGCAGCAACUAUCGGAGCCAAAUCCUUAGCAUAUUGUUGAUUGUUUCUUUUGUUUUUUACUUAUGUAAAGCCUUCAAGGAGUUCCUCUUCGCUAUGACCUGAAACAAAAGAAGUUAAAACUUGGGUGCCCUCAGAGAAAAUUUCAUCACUGGAUAGUAUAUGGGCCGGUGUAGUAUCAGUUGUAGUAACUAUUAUCUCACUCGAAGGAUCAGAGUGUUGCUCAUCAUUUCCAGGUUGUGCCUCACUACAGUCAUUGGCAGAAUCACAGAGUGCCAAAUGAUUAACAUAUUCCUCGGUUACCGCCACGUUAAGGGUAGCCACCGGGGGUUCAUUAUUAUCUAGAGCAAAGGGUCCUUGUAAAGCAGUGGUAUCAUCAAGAAAAAGUAGUGAUAUCAUUAAAGAUCAGUGUAGUAUCUGAGUUACAAACUGCCAUGGCAGUUUUUGUCGCAUCAGGGGCUGCAAUAUCUGUUAAGCUAACAUUUUUCAAAAAACCAAUAUCAUCAUGUUGAGGGACUUUGGUUGUAACAGAUGCAAUCAUAACAAGAGAUGCAGUUUCCUCAACACAAGCUACCAGGGAAGAAAUCUUUACAAGAUUAUCAACACAAGAAUUGGGACAGUCAGUCAUAACAGGAGAUUUGUCGUGAUCAAUAUCGGUUAAGGGGGUGGGGGUUCCAGGGGAAGCAUUCUCAUGUAACGUUGGCAGCUUCUCUUUUGUAAUCAGGGCAGCACUGGGAGUGACACAAUCAGCUGGUUUAAAUGCAACAGUUGGGGCAGAAGAAACCAAAGGGGCACUCAGGGGUUCAGAUAAGACAUUUGUGUCUGCAAUGAGCGUUGCCUUAGUCCUAGAAACCUCUGCCAAAUUUUGCAUCACUGGUUUUGAGACCUGGUUACAUCUUCUGGUUGUAUGUCCAAAACGAGAACACACAUAGCAAAAAAUAGGCAAGUGUUCAUACACCACAGUCUGAAAAAAAAACUGGAUUCAUCAAAACUCUAGCAGUAGAGGGGCGAGUAAAAUUAGCAGUAGGAGCAUCAAUUCGUAGUGGUCUGCCCAGUAGCCCAACAAUAGAGAAAAUGGCUCUUACAUCAUGUAGAUGAACUGGUAGCCCUACCAGGGAUAUCCAAACCGGACACAAAGGAGAGUCAAAGUCCACAAAGUAUGAAGGCGUCCACCUAGUGACCUCCAUCGUAGAUCUGAAGAAGUCCUAGGUGUUUUUUAGCCAAAAUUUCUGAAAAUCCGAGUCAGAAUGAAAAUUAAACAGAAAACGAUUCUUGUGAAGAAGCCCGACUGAGUAGGGUUGGGAAAACCCAAUCGCCUCCAUAGUUUCAUAAUUGAAGCGAGUGGAGGGCAUUUCUGGGGGAAGGUCCCAACAAAAGCAAAUCGAUAUUUAGAGGAUAAAACCAGAACGUCGUCACCAGUGAAGGAAACAGCCGGGAAACCUUUGAAUCUUCCGUGCGACUUCGCUGGGAGCCCCUGGAAGUCUACAUUGGAGAAGAGGUGCGGUUGAGCAUCCAAGAGAUGGCCGGGAAGUAUGUUCCUUACCGCCGCUACAAAGGAUGGAGCUUUAGGUGCCGGCGCCGAGUCGUGCCUUUCCGCCGGCGGCAUCGCUGCCGCUCAACCUUCGGGCGUGAGAACGGCACUACGGAUGAGGAGCGAUGGCAGAGCCUUCAAGCUCUAUUCGUCUUGUUUUUAUCUCUUGUGGUUGUAAUCCCGUAAAUAUUAGUUAUAUUACUACCAAUUGUACAUUGAAAUUCCAAGAGUAAAAAACAGAGUUGUGAGAAUAAUGAGAGAGAAGCUCCCACCUCUCACUAAAACUUCGGUGACCUUUUAACUUUUUCUGGCCAUGUAUGAAGAUUAUCAACCUCCACAUACACGGCGUUCAUUCACCCGUCAUCAUUUCGGCAAUGACUUUAGACACAAAGAGCACAUUCCCAAUCCUUGGAAAUGCGACAGGGAUUAUCACCUUCCAAAUCCAUGUCGUUCUCACCACUACGACACUGACCUGAGGCGCAUCGAUUACAGUCUCAACCCCAUGAACUGUGACAGGUACUACCCUAAAGCACAACAGAGAACUGGACAGAGUAUUGCAAAUCCCAGAAAUUGAAACCUCGACCAAAUCUAUGGUGUUAUGAACAGAGUAUUCCACAUCCUAGAGCUCAAUUUACUGGAAUUAGAAAAAAAAUCCAGGAGCUUCUACUUUCCAAGUUCCAACUAUGCGCAAAUCCACUCACAAACAUAUCUCAUGGUGAAAGAGUAUGGCACGCCCACAUGAUUCUAUCCGCCCUCAGGCACACCCACAUAGCCAGCCGACACAUAGGGUUUGUCAGCACGCAACCCGCAACUACCAGACUGGAGAUCCGGAUAAAACAUGGAGUAUAGUCAAACAAAAAGGUCGGCGCUACAGUCAACGACACACUGAUACUCAACGAAACAACUCAGAAAUCCAGGGUAAAUCUAAUAGAUUUCAAUUAUUAGUUCUUGAAAACGAGUAUCCAAUUUCGACCUACGCACCUGAAACUGAGAGCGCUAACCCCCCUCCCAUUCAAUUUUACGAAAAUAUGAAAUUUGAAGAAGAAAUCAAUAGAAACUGUAGAAGAAUCUUGAAUGAUCGGAACUCGAACGGUCGAUUGCGCCUGAAUGGGACAGAUAACAAACAUCAGGCGGAAAUCAGUUUAGGCGUUGCUGGAAUGUCUGCUGAAACCGCCGGUAAUCAGUACAAAAAUCUGGUGAUACCAACGCCUUCAGCGUCACCAGAACACUUAGCUCGGAAGUCACGCUCUGACCCUCGAUCAACAGAGAAGGAAGCACAGGUACACAGUACAAACCUUGUCAUUGUGAAUACGCCAAACACAGACUUCCCUCCCUUCACAUGGGCUGACUUGAUUAAAUCCAAGAGCGACAAAUCUACACAUGGGCAGACGUACACUAAUGACACGGCCGCUGCUCUUACAGCCACAUGUCCAAAAGAUAAGCUCACUCAAGGCAAGAAAAGCAAGGAAAUUCGAUCUCUCUCCGGGAAAUUCCAAGCAGCAUCUGAAAUCACCAACGAAUCUGAACAUUUCCAUUUUUCGGAGAAGAAGGGUUUGACACAAUCAAACUACAGGCAGAAUUAAUUCACGGAAAUCGAGAUGAUUUAUCCAAAUAUGCAGACAAAUUCAAAUUCUUUGGAGAAAGGGUUUUGAUUAUAUCAAAAUUGGAUCUACGCUCUUCAGAUUUGCUGUCAGCAACGAAAAAAUUGACAUUUUCCAAAUUAAAAAAUGCUUGCUAUUCAGGAUUAAUUUCAGCUCAGAGUUAGCGCCCCAUAUCUGCAGAUUUAUCAACCAAAUCUCAAAUUUCAAUUCUAGAUAGAGCAGGAGAUUUGGUGAAAUCACGGUCACCUCAGGUUUCAACAAAGCAGGCCGAUACUUGAAAAUUGUUAAAGAAAAAGGGAUCUCUAUUCUGUUCCACAUGGGCGCAGAGUAUUCCAACCUAAAAGCUUUCUUGGCAGUUUUUUCUAAUAUAGUGGGAUUGACUACUUUGGUGCAGGAGGAUCUCACACAUUUGGAGCAUGUGUCGGCAACUGACCCUGAAGAAAUAACCAUUUCCAAGCUAAUUUUUAAUUAUGAAGUGCAGAGAGCAUAUGGCGAGAAGCAAGAGCUUCUCUCUUUUGAGAAACAACCACAAAUUCCACUUAUUCGGGCAUAUUCUGAUACCUCGGACAGCUUUGACCAUUCUGAUGAGUCUUUCUUCUCAGACGAUUUUCUAGGACAUGCAACCGAGAGCGAUCGUCGGCCUCCUAUAUCAAACCGGGAAGAAAUUGGGAACUCCAAAUUCAACAGAAGGAUUUACCGUAAAUCAAAGUUCGUCACCUUAGAAAUCUGUCUGCCAACAGACAACCUGAACAUACAAAUCAAACUUUAUAGGAAAUCUCAGCAAAACAAAAGGCAACAUGGCAUGAAGACUAGAUCGCAGUCUAGAGAUUUUCGGGUCUAAUUUGUGUCUUUUUUGCUCUGCAUUCUUCUUCUCUGUACUUUUUUACUUUUAUUUUGCUUCUUGCAUUGUACUUUUAUUGUUAUGAAUAAAAUCUUCUUUUCCAAAACAAAAACAAAAGUUAUAUUACUACAUCCGUCCCG